AUGCCAGAACUCAUCGAAUACCCUUGUGAAGCUACUGGAUGUCAAGCUAGAAUUCUGCGAUGGGAUGCUAUAUGCUCUUUAUGUCAUGUCGUCUGCUGCUCCGAGCAUAAUACACCAGAUCAUCACCCUUGCCAAAAAGCCAGGACGAAGGUGAAUCUGGCUAAUUCUCUCGUAUACGGAUGGGAACUGACCAUUGGAUGCAGGAAACCCCAGAAUCGCGAAUGA